AUGAAAUCCUUACUUGCCGCUUUGGCCGCGGUCACAUCCGUCCUCAUCCCUUCGACCCAAGCCCUAUAUUUCUAUCUCGAUGGCACGACGCCCAAGUGCUUCUACGAGGAUUUGCCAAAGGGCACGCUGGUCGUUGGAACAUACAAAUCCGAAGCCUACUCGCCUCAGACGCAGACCUUUUCCGCCACGCCCGACCUCAACAUCCACUUCACCGUCGAAGAGACCUUUGACAACGACCACCGCGUCGUGACACAGACAACGCAGUCCUCGGACCAAAUGUCGAAAUUCACAUUCAGUGCCGCGGACGCAGGCCUGCACAGACUCUGCUUUACGCCCUCGGGACCCGCAGCGGUCAGUGUGGGUGGAUGGUUCGGAACCAGUGGCAACGGAUUGGGAGGAGUGAAAUUGACCGUCGACAUGGCGAUCGGGGAGACGAGCAAGAUUGAGAGUGAGGACAAGGGCAAGAUCGACACCCUGGUUGGUAAAGUGAGGGAGUUGAACGGCAGACUGCAAGACAUCAGGCGGGAGCAGAAGUUUCAAAGAGAACGAGAAGCAGAAUUCCGCGACCAAAGCGAAGCCGUCAACGCGAGAAUCGUCCGGUGGACGUUGAUCCAGCUGGGCGUCUUGGGCGUCACAUGCGCCUGGCAGCUGUCACAUCUGAGAUCGUUCUUUAUCAAGCAGAAAUUGACAUAG